UAAGAAUUGUUUAUUCAAUUGUGUCUAAAAGAAAAAAGAAACAUUUUUUUUUUAGAUCAAAAAAUUUGAAUUUUGAAAAAUUUUUAAUGUCGUUUAGAAAUUAGCUACAAAAUGAAUGUUUAUACCAACAAAAACGUUUUAAUUGAUAAUUGGUAUGAGGAUAAAUACGGUACAUUUCCAUCAAAAAAUGAAGGUAAUAGAGAAACGACUUACCAAAAAGAUUAUCGGGAGAGUGUUUUGCCUAUUCGAGAUAACAGAGUUAUGCGGAAUAUAAGAGAAAGAGCAAUGGGAUUGCCAAUUACAUUGUUUCGUGAGCAUGGUAUUCACAAUGCUUACAAUAAAAACACGAGUUCUCUGUAUGAUUUAAAUUGCAUGGCUGCUUACAAUCCACCACCCUACAGACGUUACAAUUCACGAUCUGGACUCUGGGAACCUGAACAAAAUUUUACAGUUAAUUAUGGACCAGGACGAUGUGAAUUGUUGAAAAAAAAACAGAUAAUUUGGAACACUGUUACAAAAGAAUUUAUACCCAGUACUGAAUAUCAAUGUAGUUAUACAGUAAAAUAGAUUAAAAUAACAAUUAGGAAGCAUAAUAAACCGUAUUUAAAAAAAAUGAAA